GUUGGAUUCACAAACAUUGAUCUCAGCGAAGAGACCCGGGAAGACAAUGUUCGCCAACUGUUCGCCAGCCUAGUGAAGACUGACUGGAACAAGACCUUGAACACAGGCACGAAUUUGCAGGAAAAAAGAGUCGGUUUCCACAGAGUUAUCAGUAAUGUCCAUGGUUUUUAUCAACUCUUGAAAAGAAGUACUCUAUUGCGAAAACAAUUUCAUUUUACUGAGCAGAUCGUGGAACGUUGUGGCAGCCACGAGAUAGUCAAUGAAGAGGAAACGCUAUCGUUUCUAUCUACAAGCGACCAGUUUCAACGGGACCAGUCUGACGCUGUCAGUAUCGAGGAGCUCCUACAGAAAAGUCUACACCCGCCUCCUCCGAUACGACGUCCUUGCUCUGCUACUGACUGCGAAAAUUAUGUUCACAGUUUUUAUUCACGUUGGAACAUGCCCCUGAGGCUGGCCUUUUGCCCACCGCUUGGCAUAGCUCCAACAAAUCACACCAGUGACAAUAUACAUUUUGAAGUCCUGGACAAGAAUGGGGAGGAAGAACAUGUUCUUUAUCGGUGGCUUGGUGGUAUUUAUUGCGACCGAAAAGAAACCAAUGACCCAAAUACCAAGUACCGCGUUUAUUGGACAGAUUCUGGUCUAGGUGAGAAGAAAGACACCAUCCGGAUGUAUGACCCAUUUCUGUUGGAUGGCCGUAUUAUUGGUGAUAUCAAACCGGCUCCAGAUGGUUCGUUAAUCCCGGCAAAAUGGUGGCCACCUGUUCUAUUCUAUGAAAGGGUGUUAAACCCGGAUUCCAUGGAUAUUGUAGUGGCAUCUGGGGUGUUAGGAGAUAUCGGCUAUGCUGUUCAGAACGAGAUAGUGAUUACGCAACACCACGAGCCGUGGGCUUCGAGGCGACCAGCCCUUGCUUCUACCAAUGGCGAUGCAGUACAGAACUACGUGGAACAGGGUCAGAUAGGUGAGGCUGAAAUUGGUGGUAUUGAAUUUGACAAAGAAUUUGCUCGAUUUACGAAUAUACAGAAUCAGAGAUACGAGAGGGAAACUGCUCCUUCUCCAUCUCUGUACAGUAAUGAUGGCCACUUUACAAGUCAAAUUCAUGAUCCGACACCUGAAACCCUAAUUUCUCAAUCAAUACCCGAUUCCACACUUGCCAAUUAUCCGAACGUUCUUCGGAUUGUAGAAUUAGACGGCUACGACAAUAUACCAGAUUUCAAUGCCAAUGCCAGAGAUGGUUUACAAAGUGGAACCUUCGAGGCAGGUGUCUGUAGUUCUGAUGGUCAGCCAAACAACUAUCCUUUCUUGGAGGCAUUUUUUACAGAUGACGUAAAUAGAAUGGAGGAAGACUUAAGACUUAUUGGUGAAUCUGAAGCUGAUGUUCAGACCAGCUCUGUCAUUCCAUCUGGGGCUGGGGAAACUAACAAUACUGGAGAUAUCGGCCAGAACGUACGACAUUACAACGAGCAGAAUAAUGUCACUGUGGCGCCUCAGGAUUUAGGACGGGAUCAGUUCCAAGCACACGUACGGGGAAUGGAGUCGAAUGUCAACAUCGUACCACAAGGACAAAGAUUUCAGACCAUUAUGAGACACAGGCCCUUUCAAGGAGGCGAUUUCCUAGUGCCUUCAAUAGAGAUAGACUUUCAAGAAACUGCUGCUUUUAACAUGAAAGGUACUUUUCCUGCUUCUUCAUUUUACAACAGGGCACAAUACGAAAGCUCUGUAUUACCACCAGGAAGGAAUGAAAACCAACAUCAGCACCAUGGUUCAUCGUUUCCGAGUUCAGGGUUUAGCGAAAAUAUCACAUCAGCAUCUGGCAAGUCUUUUCCAACCCUGGCCCCUUCGCCUGACGUGUACCCGCACUUUGCAAUGAUGCCAUAUCCUCGAGCGCCAUCUUCUGCCGCGAUGCUUCCAGCUGAGUUGGCUGUGGUGCCCAAGAAGAGAAAAUCAUCCAUCUCUAACUUGCAGCAAUAUGGACAGGCCUUCCAGCCCAAGAAGGCUAAUUUGGGGGAUUUUGGCCAAUAGAUAUAUAUGCCCGUGUAUUCAUUUUUGAAUGUUUAAUGGUUACUUGUUUCAAAUGUUGUGUACAUAAGGUUUGUUUACAUGGUCUUACCAGCAGUAUAC